AUGUCUGUCUCGUACGACCUUCUCUCUCGCGUAUUUCUUCUCCUCGCUGCGCUGUGUCAUUCCAUCGUUAACACGAUCGACCUCAAAAGAAAUGGAGAGCACCCUGUCAGUGAGCUUCGUCCUCGAUCAUGGAAAGAAAGGGAGAGGAUGGCACUGCUAGAGAAAGGUGCUGGAUGGGCAACUUUUGUCUCAUCUGUCGGUCUUUGUGUAAGCACCACAUUGUUGUUUCUUUACCUGUUUCGAGUGGUUGAUGCUCUUCCUCAAGUGCCAUGGAUAGUUGGGGAGAUGUGCUUCUGCUUUGCAUGGACGAUUUUCUUCUUCAUAGCAGCAUGUGUACUAGCAGUGGCUGCGGCACGUUUCACAGCAACUGGUGGAUGGGCGGUGGCAGCGUUUUUCGCGUUUGGUGCGAUGUGCGCCUAUGGAUUUGACUGCUAUCUGAAAUUCCUAUCUUGGAAGAAUAAUGAGGUGGCAACCGGUGGCGGAGGCAGAGAUUUUAUUGCCGAACAACGACGUCGUGCUCAACAUGUAUGA